GGUACCCUGUGGGUAAGGGGUGCAUGUCCGCUCCUGUUCCAAACCAAAACAAGAUGGCGUCCUUGGACGACAAGUCUGUUUUCGAGACGCCAAUCCAGGCCUUACCGCCUGAAAUAAUUGCAGAACUAGGCAUGUUACUGAAUCCCCAUCUACCCUGCAAGGAUGUCCGAACGUUAGCUGGAAAAAUGGGUUAUUCAUACACAAAAGUCUUGAAUUUUGAAAGAAGACUAUGCCCUACCGGGGCGCUUCUUCAAGAUUGGAUGACUGAAAGUGACAAGGAAGGUAGGGCACGAACUGUGUCCAUCUUGGUACAAAUGUUGGCCGAGAUGAGGAGAGAUGAUGCAGUAGCCCUGUUAAAGCCUUAUAUUUAUACUGAGACACCUUCCACUUCAAAAAAAAUUACUUCAAGCUCAAGCAGUGAAGAAAUAGUGGAAACUAAAGCAGCUGUUGAAAUGGACUUUGAAACCAACAGCAACAUCCCCUACGAUGCCCCGCCUGAAGUUGCUUUAGUGUCAAAUGUCCAAAACACCAUUGCGUCCUCCAUGAGUCCAAAUGGCUACACCACUGAAACAAGGCAGGCUGUUGGCCGCCAUCCUGCUUCAUACAGCCAGAGUGGUGGGAUGACAAGGAGUCGGACUUCUCAAGAGGAUAGUCCAAGAUCAGAUCAACCAGCUGUCUCAGAUAAAGUAGCUUUGGUAAUUGGCAACCAGAAUUAUGAGUGCAAAAAGUUACAAGGUCUACUCCACCCACUUGAUGAUGCUGCAGCAGUCGCCAAGGCUUUAUGGGACCUAGGCUUCAAGGUGGUUUCAUUAGUAAACCUGACGCUGAGUGAGAUGAGAAUUGCUGUGUUGUCAUUUUGUAAACUUCUGGGUAAUGGUGUGUAUGCUGUUCUGUACUAUGCUGGACAUGGUUAUGAGGAUGGAGGCGAAAACUUCCUCCUCCCUGUUGAUGCUAACCUUGAAUAUAACAGAGAAGACAGCUACUGUGCCCAGGAGAUCCUCGAGACAAUGCAGACCUGCAAGACGUUGUUAAACUUGUUGAUCAUUGACUCCUGUCGAAUACGGUUGCCUGAAACAGAUAACCGGCCAUUGUACGUUAACAGGUUGCCUCUUGGUAAUAACAUCUUCGCAUAUUCAUGCUGCACACAGCAAGGAGCGUACGAGGAGCCGAACCAGAGCAACGGCCUAUACGCGUACCAUCUCCUGCGACACAUCAAACGCGACGUGCGCAUCGAACAUCUAUUGAUGGAUGUCGCCAAAGAUGUUGUCUUUCGUGCAAAUAAUCGCUUCAUAAUUCAGCGGCCAUGCCACGAGAGUGACGCGGUUAUCGACUGUCGCCUGACGGAUCGCAUCCAACCAAACACACAACCUGACGAGUACAGGGAGCGCGUAGACUUGUGGGUCAAGGCACACAACCUUCCCAAGCCCCUGCGAAUACUCUAUAGACCAGACCUCGUCAUCGACCUGCAUCUCGAAGAGAUCUUUGCAAAUGUCAUGGACAUCAGGAUGUGCGCACACAACCAGACUGAUGAAACAUUUCAAGAGUUCUUUAUGGAGUUCACCGUGCCAACCCCGGCAGUAGUUGAGGAAAUCUCGUUAUCCGGAGUUGACGUCUUUCCAAGAAACACACUUCAUCAGAUCGUCAGGGUUUGGAAUCUACAGAAGUUGCAGGACACGCUUAAGGGGGAGCUGGAAGUGCUCUACAAGGUGCGAGAAGACAAAAAGUCCUUCAAGCUUCCAGUCGAUUUGGGCUGCCCUCUAAUCUCCUCCGUGUUUACAGAAUGGGAUUGGUGGGUUACCUGUGGAAAAUUGCCCCCCACAAAGACGACGAUGGUGUAAUUCCGAGCAGGACUCGCUUAGAACCAUGCGGCGUACAAGGAAUCCGUACAAGAAAUCCGUACAAGGAAUCCUUACAAGGAAUCCAUACAAGGGAUCCAUCCAAUGAACCAAAGCAAGUCAGCCUUUACCACCCGGGAAACGCAAAUAGCAUGAUGUAAAAAUAGGUGACAGCAAAAUAGCUAGAGGAACGAUAACAAAAAAAGGAAAACAGGGACUGAACUUUGUUCUAGUUUUCUGAUGGUAACAACAGCUUUGCCAUUUAGAUGAGGUGACCACCACCUUUGUAGAGUCCAGGGGCCGGUUUCUAUAAAGCAGGUUAACACUAACUCAGUGAUAAAUCUUGACUUUUGAUUCGAUAAAAAGGGCUUUUAUCCCUGGUUAGGGUUAACCUGCUUUCUAGGAACCCGGCCCAGGCUGUUACCACCCUUUGAACAGUCCAGGCUGUUACCACCCUUUGUACAGUCCAGGCUGUUACCACCCAUAGUAGAGUCCAGGCUGUUACCACCCUUUGUACAGUCCAGGCUGUUACCACCCUUUGUAGAGUCCAGGCUGUUACCACCCUUUGAACAGUCGAGGCUGUUACCACCCUUAGUAGAGUCCAGGCUGUUACCACCCUUUGUAGAGUCCAGGCUGUUACCACCCUUCGUACCGUCCAGGCUGUUACCACCCUUUGUAGAGUCCAGGCUGUUACCACCCUUUGUACAGUCCAGGCUGUUACCACCCUUAGUAGAGUCCAGGCUGUUACCACCCUAUGUACAGUCCAGGCUGUUACCACCCUUUGUACAGUCCAGGCUGUUACCACCCUUAGUAGAGUCCAGGCUGUUACCACCCUUUGUACAGUCCAGGCUGUUACCACCCUUAGUAGAGUCCAGGCUGUUACCACCCUUUGUAGAGUCCAGGCUGUUACCACCCUUUGUACAGUCCAGGCUGUUACCACCCUUUGUAGUCCAGGCUGUUACCACCCUUUGUACAGUCCAGGCUGUUACCACCAUUUGUACAGUCCAGGCUGUUACCACCCUAUGUACAGUCCAGGCUGUUACAACACUGUAGAGUCCAGGCUGUUACCACCCUUUGUAGUCCAGGCUGUUACCACCCUUUGUAGAGUCCAGGCUGUUACUACCCUUUGUAGAGUCCAAGCUGUUACCACCCUUUGCACAGCCAGGCUGCUACCACCCUUUGUAGAGUUCAGGCUGUUUCUAAUUAUAUGUCUGCUUCACAAUGUUCUUGGGUGUAUUAUCUCGGUAUUAAUAGUCGGUGUUGAUAAGAUGAACUGAUAAAAUUUAGCAUAGUUUGUGCAUAAAGAAUUGCUCGUAUUUAGCACCGUUUGAUGGAUGUUGAGCUCAGCUCUCGCUGGAUUUUGGUGUUGGCAAUGCAUCGAUAAAUUCUUGGCAUUGAUUUUAAUGAUAGUGAUGAUUAUGGAGAUGGUGUGGAUGACAAUGGUGGAAGUGGCGUUGAUGAUGAUUAUGGUGACUAUGGUGUAAGUGCUGCUGAUGAUGUUUACAUCAUAUAUGUGACUUAUAUUAAGUCCCGUUUUAAUAUAUGACCCGAUGUAUAACAACCUGACUUUUUUGAAACCAUAUCAUGGCAAAGAUGAUGAUGGUGGUGUUGAUAAUAAUAAAGUUUUUGUUUUCUAUUGAUAAUCCGGAAAUGAUGUUUACAUCAUAUAUGUGACUAAUAUUAAGUCCCGUUUUAAUAUAUGACCCGAUCUUAAGAGUGACCCAGUCAUCGCUCUGUGAAUAUAAUUAUAUAGUAGCUUAACAAAUGAAAUAAAAUUAUGCUUAAUUGUU